CCAGGGAUAUAUUAGACUCGUUCAGGAGAUUUAGGGUUAGCACAUUAUCUCACUCUAUACCAGAAGAAGCAUCCGCCGCCGCCGUCGCCGUCGCACCUCCACAUCCGUCCGUCGCCGCCAUGGGUCGUAUGCACAGUGGAGGGAAGGGUAUCUCCGCCUCUGCCCUACCUUACAAGAGGACUCCCCCGAGUUGGCUCAAGAUCUCUUCUCAAGAUGUCGACGAGAACAUUUGCAAGUUCGCGAAAAAGGGUAUGACUCCAUCUCAGAUCGGUGUCAUUCUUCGUGAUUCUCACGGUAUUGCUCAGGUCAAGAGUGUUACUGGAAACAAGAUCUUGCGCAUACUCAAGGCUCACGGACUUGCACCUGAGAUUCCUGAGGAUCUUUACCAUUUGAUUAAGAAGGCUGUGGCCAUUAGGAAGCAUCUAGAAAGGAACAGGAAAGACAAGGACUCUAAGUUCAGGCUGAUUCUCGUUGAGAGCAGGAUUCAUCGUCUUGCCCGUUACUACAAGAAGACCAAGAAGCUUCCCCCAGUCUGGAAAUACGAAUCAACCACUGCCAGCACUCUUGUUGCUUGAGAGGUGAUGUCAGACUGAAGUUAGAGGCAAGCAGGCAGCACAUUUUGUUCCAAAUGAUUGAUUUAAAGUUGAAUCCUUUUUAGUAGUUUAUUUGAUUACAAUGAGAAAACUUUGUUAUAUUUAUUAUGCUACUUGUUUUAUGCUUGCUACCUCUCAAAGUAUUUCCGAUUUAAAGCAAAUUGUGUUAUUUGAUACAGUUACCAUUAAAUUAAUCUAUGCUCCUCCUUCCAUUUUUCUUCAA